CUUGUUUUUGUCUUGUAAUCGACGAGAUGCUGGAGACGGUCCAGCGAGUUAGACUCGUGCUUCACCAGAAGGAAGAAAGCAUGCAGGAGGAGUGCACUAGACCCCAGCGAGCGAGGGUCCCAGAAACUGUGGCGUGCAGAGUCAAUGGUGGCUCUCUCGCUUUAGAAAUCAUGGUUGUUGAUUUCGAGGAGCGGGCUGAGAGCAGUUUGGUCGCAGGCUACAAUUUCAGGCCAAGUUUUUCUUCACCUUUUUUUUUCAACUCGGUGCUCCUGCGGGCCGGCAGCCCUAUUGCCACCAUCACUUCACGCACGCUACGGGCCCACCUGAGCCAUGCGAUAGGUAGCAUCUCCACAGGAAACGCUUGUAGGUUUGGGGAAAUCUCGCAUCAGAGACCAGACCACAGGCAGUCGGGCAUCAAUCGACCGAGUCAGCAUCAAGCUGCACCUAUUCGGAACCAUAGGGUUGGUGUGCACCGGCCUUGGUGGCACCUCUUAAACAACUCGGUGCUCCUGCGGGCCGGCAGCCCUAUUGCCACCAUCACUUCACGCACGCUUCGGGCCCACCUGAGCCAUGCGAUAGGUAGCAUCUCCACAGGAAACGCUUGUAGGUUUGGGGAAAUCUCGCAUCAGAGACCAGACCACAGGCAGUCGGGCAUCAAUCGACCGAGUCAGCAUCAAGCUGCACCUAUUCGGAACCAUAGGGUUGGUGUGCACCGCCCUGGUGGCACCUCU